AAAAAGGGCUGUUACCCUCGGCCGCGACGGACUGGGGCCGGCUCCGGGCUCGAGUGUCGGGCCGGUGGGGGUGGAUACCAGGUGGCUCGAUCAUGGCCCCAGAAACGGCGCCGAACUCGUCACUCAAAGGGUGUUGAGCUUACGCGCGUUCUUUGGGGGAUUCCGUACCCAGGCGGGCAUUUGAUUUGGUGCCGAGUGGUCGGAGACUCGAAUAGCCAACCACAGGUUCAGAAGAGCUCCCGGCGACGCAUGCUUAUGCGAGGGAUUGCUACCUGGUAUGCAGGGGCUUACAGUUGA